UGUGUCCUUUGAUUUUUAUCUUAAGACAUAAUUACCCAGUAGCAUGUGGGCUUGUCUCCAUUUUGCAGAGCGUGAAACUGAGGCUGGGGAAGGUGGAGGAGCCGAGGCCCGAGUCCUGUUUGGCUGCACGCCCUGCGCCCUGACUCACGGAGGGCCCCCAGGUCCGCCCCCGAGGUCCCCUCGCCCGGCCAGGUGCGGGCGCAGCAGGGACGAAGUUUGAAUUCUUGCCCCGCCGCGGUCCGGCCCGGGGUCUCUGCCCCUCCCCGGGGCGGCCCGGUGACGUCACCGCCCCUUUAAGACCCCCGCCUCCGCCCCGGCCCCGCACUCGCGGCUCCUCGGACCUGGCAGCGCCGCCUUCCAGGGAAGCUCCUUUCAACCUCCGCUUCGUCAUGGCCUCCGCUGGUCUGCAGAUCCUGGGCAUCGUCCUGACGCUGCUGGGCUGGGUGAACGCCCUGGUGUCCUGCGCCCUGCCCCUGUGGAAGGUGACCGCCUUCAUCGGCAGCAGCAUCGUGGUGGCCCAGGUGAUGUGGGAGGGGCUGUGGAUGUCCUGCGUGGUGCAGAGCACCGGCCAGAUGCAGUGCAAGGUGUACGACUCGAUGCUGGCGCUGCCCCAGGACCUGCAGGCCGCCCGGGCCCUCUGCGUCGUCACCCUCCUCACCACCCUGCUGGGCCUGCUGGUCUACCUCGGCGGGGCCAAGUGCACCACCUGCGUGGAGGACAAGGACUCCAAGGCCCGCCUGGUGCUCACCUCCGGGAUCAUCUUCGUCAUCUCGGGGGUCCUGACCCUGAUCCCCAUCUGCUGGACGGCCCACGCCAUCAUCCAGGACUUCUACAACCCCCUGGUAGCCGAGCCCCAGAAGCGGGAGCUGGGGGCCUCCCUCUACCUGGGCUGGGCGGCUUCUGGGCUUCUGUUGCUGGGCGGGGGGCUUCUGUGCUACACCUGCCCCGCUGGGGGGUCCCGGGGCUCCAGCCAUUACCUGGCCCGAUACUCAGCGUCUGCCCCUCGAGCCAUCUCUCAGGGGCCCUCUGAAUACCCCGCCAAGAAUUACGUCUGAUGGGCAGGAGGACGGGGCUCCCUUGACCCCUGAGCUGGAGUCAUCAGGAUGCAUGACCGUUUCUGGGUUGCUUUUAUCUUGUUUUUCCUUUUUAUUGGGCAAAGGGGUGUUUGUUUGUUUUUAAGCCACUCGUUAAGCACCAAACCAAGAAGAAAUUCAGUCUCUCACCUGGGCUGGGCUGUGCUGCUGGCUUUCCUCACCUUUGGAUGAUGAGACCAAGGAGGCAACCUUUCAGAGUGCCUCCAUCUUCCUCCACCUCGGACAUCCCCAUCUUCGAGGCCAGCCUGGAGCAGUGACCCCUGAGGGAAGGCUGUGUGCUGGCCAGGUGCUUUGUGACAGCAGGGUGCUCUGAUAGUCUGUCCCCAAGGGUUCCUGCUAUGGUGGGGCAGGGCUUGCAGGGAUAAGCCCCGCCUUGUCCGUCAGGCCUCUGUGACCCGGAGCUUUGAGCCUCAGGCGCCCUUGAGAAGACCAGGUGAUACCCCAAACCACCUACCUCUGAGGAUUCUGACCUCCGGCUCUUCCGUCCUUGUCUCAGAGUUGCUUCCCAACCACCCUGUAGCCUCCUGACCCUCUCACAUGCAGGCCCUGCACACUUCUGCCCCUCGAGCCAUCUCUCAGCGUGCACCCACACGCUAGUUUUUUACUAAAUAAAGAGUGUUUUGUUUUGU